AUGUCAAUAGGUACUAAAAGUGGUACUUAAUUUUUUAUCUUGAUGGUAAACAAUGAAAAUAUCGAAAACGGUAGUGUGAUGGCUAAAUUUGCUAUAGCUACUAGCGCUUUUAGUUUAGCAUAAAUAUUUGCUCUUGAUACCUCAGCUUCAUAUUAUUCUUGCUUGGAUAUCGUUGUAAGCGAGGAAAACUAAUAAAAUAAUACAAUUUCCAUUCUCUAUUCAAAAUCAAGUGAAGUUAUCUUAAGUAAAAUAUCUGUGUUUGGCUAUAAAGUAUUCAGCAAUUAAAGUAUUGGAUAUGUGCUUACCGCAAGUUUUACUAGUAUGUCUAACAAAAUUCAUAAUAGCUAUGAACAAAUUUCCUAUUUGAAAGGAAGAUUUAACAGACUAUACCCUAACCAAUAUAAAUUAUAUGGAACAACUAAAAAUAAUUGGAACUGCCUCUAUGCUUCAUAAUUUACAAACAGACUUUACUCAUUAGUAAUUAAUGAACAUUUUGGAUAAAAAUGUAUCUCUGCUACUGAAAGCUUUGAAGAAAGAAAUUUAACAUUCAUAUUGAACUUUAAUCUUUCAUAACAAACAUUAGAAUAAUUUUAUGAAGCUGGUGAAUAUUUUUAAUUACAGCAAGUUUCUUCUGAAUUUUAGAAUAUUUCAGAUGUCAUUGUAGAUCAAAACAAAACAUGCAUAGAUUUAAAUUCAGUUAAUUACUAAAUAGACGAUUUACAUUUUGACAUAAGCACAACUUAUCCUACCUUUUAAUUUAACUAGUUAUUGAACAUUGUGAAAAAUACUAAUUGGAAUCAAGGUCAUCAGAAGAAAAAGUUUAUUACAAAAUAGGCAAGUCAAUCGUACAAAAUCUAAAUGAUUAUUUUAGAUUAGAUACAUUGA